GGUUUCUUGUUUUGGCUCGGGACAAAUUUUAUUUUUAUUAUUUAAUCCAAAGGUGCCUCAAAUAUACAGCCAGCUAAGUACGGAAAUAUUCGUUUGAGGCAGUGUUGAGAACAAAGCAGAUUCUUACAUAGAAAGCAGACAGAUUGUUUAAUAAGCCUCAGAAAACAGGACAAGAUAGCAAUUAACAAUGUCAAGGAGAACAACAAAAAUGACGAGUGCUCGACGCUCUCGAUCGAAAAAGAAAGAGAAGACCGAGGACGAAGAAAUGUUGGAGAAGGAACCGAAAGGAUCGUUUGCAUGGAAAUUGUUUCUGCCGUCUCAAAUCAAAACUUUGAUAACCUGUGAUUCACCUGAAGAUUUAGAGGAGAAAAUGGGGAUCGCUUUAAAUUUUGACCAAUACGAGGUAGAUCUACGGGAAGGUGCGCAAGUCGAUUAUUUUGUCACAGCGUUUCAUUGGGCGAAGGAGAAAGCUUUUGACGACCGUCAACUUGGAGGUUUCAUGGCUCUAUUGUCAUCAAUACUCGAUAAUUUGAAAGAAAAUAACAUGCCAAAGACUGAAAAUAUUAAAUUUUUAAAAGAUUCUUUCUUAGGUGUUGGCUUAGACAACCCCGAACAGAUCCCAAUAUCUCUGUAUUUCUUCACUCUCGAGCAAGCGAAGGACGUCAUGGAAUAUCUGCUGACAACUUUCUUUCAACAUUACGAUCUUUAUGAUUUCUUAUUCAAGAAUGAGCAAGACGAAUUGAUAAUUGGGUCAGAUCUCACUGCGGAGGUUUGCCCCGAGGAUGUCGGCCCUCUACCCCCGCCACUAGAGGAAGCAAUGCUAUUUGAAACGUUUGAAAAAUUCGUACUGGAAAAAACACCAGAAACAGAAGAGGAGGUCGCAGAGAAGGCCGAUGCUGCUAUAACAGACGAACUAACGGACGCAGUUCUGAAAGCCGUGGAGGCUUCUCCUGACGACGCAGUGAAAAACGUUUCGCCUGAGGAGUUACGAAAGGUCAUUGAGAAGGUCACAAACGAACUUAUUCUCCCAACAAAGAAAGAACUAAGGGAGAAAAUAAAAGAAAAAGAGACGACGUACUUAGCAAAAAUUGGAAAAGUUCAACCGAAAUAAAUUUCUUUUUGUUGAUUGUAAAUACCUACUAAUAUAUUUUUCUAUCAAAUUUAUAAUUUUGAGAUAUGUA